UUCCACGGCUUCCUAGAGCAGAUGUGCGGUAAAUAGGGAAAACAAAGAUCGGAUCGCUGGGAAGCACUCACUCUUCUGUGCCUGGCGCAUAUCUGCUGUGGACUGAACUCUCUGGGGGACAAGAGAUCCCAGCGACUCGAGACCGAGACUCGAGAUCUCAGAGAGCGGAGUGGAGUGGUGCUGUUGGUGCUGCUGUUGCUUCUGGCGCGGUGGAUCGUUCAGUGAGUCCCCAAGCGUUGUCGCGUCCACUUUGUCGCGGUUUCUGUCGCGGAUUCGAACCACUGACUAACGGUAGUGCUGCACGCAUCUGGCGGCAAAUUGGCAGCGAGAAGCCCGCGCUAAUAAUACUUUUUGAAAGCCGCCGAAAGGAUUGCGAGUCCAUAUCAAGCAUACGCCCCAUCAGCCAAUCAGUUAUCCUCUCCGAUAGCAGAGCAGUGAAACAGCCAGAGGGAACGACAAGAUGCAUGUGCCAUUAUAAAGUUGAAGGGAAGGACAGCAGAUCAUAGCCACUAAGGAGGUCCUCGUUAUAUAUGGAAACCGACCACUGAUAUUAUUAUACUAGACUACAGCGAACUUGAAGAGAGAACCCGCACAUAGAACCCGCUCGCCCACACAGAAGUAACCGGAAAUGGGUAAGGACUACUACAAAACACUGGGGCUGCCCAAAACUGCCACCGACGAUGAGAUCAAAAAGGCCUACAGGAAACUGGCCCUGCGCUAUCAUCCGGACAAAAACAAAGCCGCCAACGCCGAGGACAAAUUCAAGGAGGUCGCCGAGGCCUACGAGGUCCUUUCGGACAAGAGCAAGCGGGAGGUGUACGACAAAUACGGCGAGGAUGGUCUGAAGAGCGGAGGCACGCGCAAUGGCGGUCCAUCGAGCAACUCGUUUACAUAUCAGUUCCACGGGGAUCCGCGGGCCACCUUCGCCCAGUUCUUUGGCAACAGCAAUCCGUUCGCCUCGUUCUUCGACAUGGGCGACAACCUGUUCGACAAGAACGUGUUCGACCUGGACACGGAGCCCGACUUCUUCUCCUCGCCCUUCGGCGGCAUUGGGUCGCGGCAUGGUCUGGGCAGUGGCUUCAGGCCCUCUUUCAGAUCACACUCCUUCAACGUGCACACGCCGUUCAAGAAGGAGCAGAAGCAGGAUCCGCCCGUCGAACACGAUCUCUAUGUGACGCUGGAGGAGAUCUACCACGGCUGUGUUAAGAAAAUGAAAAUCUCCCGGCGCAUCGUCCAGGCGGACGGCAGUUCCCGCAAGGAGGAGAAGUUCCUCGCGAUAUCCAUCAAGCCCGGCUGGAAGUCCGGCACCAAGGUCACCUUCCAGAAGGAGGGCGACCAGGCGCCCGGCAAGAUCCCCGCCGACAUUGUGUUCAUCAUCCGGGACAAGCCGCACGCCAUGUUCAAGCGCGAGGGCAGCGAUCUGCGCUACACGGCGAGACUGACGCUCAAGCAGGCCCUGUGCGGCGUUGUCUUCCAAGUUCCUACCAUGUCCGGCGAUAAGUUGCGCAUCAGCACCAUGCAGGAGAUCAUCAAGCCGAACACGGUGAAGCGCAUCCAGGGAUACGGCCUGCCAUUCCCCAAGGACACGACGCGCAAGGGCGAUCUCCUGGUGGCCUUCGACAUCCAGUUCCCGGAGAAGCUGACCGCCGCCCAGAAGGAGGUGCUCAGGGACAUGUUAUGAGCUCCUUGGGAGAGUCCAGGCGCUUAGUCAUCCAUUCUAACGCACUAAAACCAAACCGAUCCAUCGCCGAUCAAUGGCCCAUUCAUACGUCGUAAUCACAACCCCAUCGAGAUCUUGCUCCCAUUUUGCUUGUUUUUGUGUUCAGUGAAACAUUUGCGCAUUUUUUACAGGAACUCCUCUUAACAAUCGGUUGUGCUCAUCUGCGCCACGAACGUGUUGCAUAAUAUGUAUGUUGACCAUAGUUAUUAUAUCAUUAAUUCUUAAUUUAUUUGUCUAAAUUAAAGCUAAAUUUAAUAAAAUGACACACAAACACGUGGAAGAAAAAACAAG